AUGAAGCUAUGCUCCUCCAACCUCGAAAAAAUCAGUGGGACAGGUGCCGUGAGGGUGCCGCAGUACGAUCGCAGCAAGGUUAAGCCGGGUAUUGUCCACAUCGGCGUCGGCAACUUCCAUCAAGCGCACCAGUGCGUGUUCGUAGAAGAUGCACUGGAGCUACCGGGACAGGAGUCCUGGGCCUACUCUGGGGUCGGUCUAUCCCGUUUUGAUGUCCGUAUGAGAGAUGUCCUGAAGGAGCAAGACAUGAUGUUCACGCUUUGGCAGCGAGGUACCGAUACCGAGCAGGUUCGUGUCAUAGGUUGCUACCGGGAUUUUUACCUAGCGACGGAGGAUUCGGAGGAAAUCCUCGGGCUGCUCAGCUCGGCGCAGACGAAGAUCGUGACCUUGACCAUCACUGAGAAGGGGUACUUUGUCAACUUCGCGACGGGCAAGUUGGACACGGCUUCGCCACUUGUGACCAGCGAUGUCGAGGCCUUGAAGGCUGGCAAAGCAAACUUGAAGACGGCUGUAGGUUUCCUUGUGGCGGCCGCCGCGCAACGACGCUCGGGCGCGGGUGCAUUUGCGAUCCUGAGCUGUGACAACCUGGCAGAGAACGGCAACAAGACACGCAUGGCGGUCUUGGAGAUGGCAGGAGCGGUGGACAAAGAGCUUGCCACCUGGAUUUCUGAAAACGUUUCGUUUCCCAACUCGAUGGUCGAUCGCAUCACGCCCGCAACUACCGAGAAAGACAAAGCUGAGCUCAAGUCAAGGUACGGCCUUGACGAUGCCUGUCCGGUCGUUUGUGAGCAGUUCCUGCUUUGGGUUGUCGAGGAUAAAUUCCCAAUGGGGCGACCCGCAUGGGACAAGUCUACCAGCGGAAAGUGCCUCUUCGUUGAAGAUUCCUUGCCUUACGAGCUGAUGAAGCUUCGGCUGCUCAAAGGUGUCCACCAGGCCCUAGCGUAUCCAGCAGUGCUGCUGGGGCAUGCCCUGGUGCACGAGGCAGUCGCAGAUGCUCGCAUUUCCGGCUUCCUGAGAGUUUACAUGGCGGCUGCUGGGCGCACGGUGCCCCCUGUUCAAGGGCUCGGCAAGGCAGAAUGGUGUCGAACCGUCUUGGAGCGAUUUCGCAAUCCUGCCGUUCGCGACACCAUCUUCCGUCUCACCGAGGAUGCAAGGAACCGCAUGGCGGUAUCGCUGGCCCCGUGUCUCGAGGAAGAUGCCAUUCAGGUUGGUCCGCCUCUGUCACGACUCGAGGUCGAGGCCCUUGUGCUUCCCGUCUCCUGCUGGGUACUCCAGCUUGUGCGUCCAGAUGCGAAGAUCCCGGAGUUGAAUCGAGACGACAACAGCGGUGUGGUGAGAGAUCCAGCCCUUGCAGCUUGGGCUGCAGAUGAGGGAAGCGCGGAGGAGGCCGCCGCGGCCUUGUUGGACACGGCGUUUGGCGCAAAGGCUGCGCGUUCUGAGGUGGCGAAGGUCCUGGCGGAUCAGUUGCAGAUCCUCAAGGACAAGGGCAUCGAAGCCUUGCUCCAGGCGGUGCUGAAUCGAGCAGAAUGUGGUAAUACGCUUCUGACAAACACGGUAGUCGUGCAUGACAAGGUGGAUGGUUUGGUUGUGACACUGGGCCGACACGACUUUGCGCAGGUCCGGAGCGGAGUAGUGAUGGUCUCGAGGAGGCAUUCGCAUGCCAGGUUUGAGAUUGCUGACCUGCAAGACUGCCCAAGGUUGCCGGCGAAUGUAUGUCCUUUGAGCCCUAUCUUGAAGCUACUUCCGCACGAUUCCCGCUUCGAAGAGGCGCCCGUGCUUCUCAUCAUCCCUGUCUGCGCGGGCUCUCCGGCAGUAUGGCGUUCAUCAUCGGAUGGCGGCUGGGAGUCGCUUCCAAAUGCGGAGUUCUAUCCAGGAUAUGCUUGCCUGCGCCUGGAUCAUUUCUGCGAGCUGUUUAUCGGAACUGAUGGUGCCUGCUCUCCAAAGCCGAGGGGAAUGCUGGUCCGGGGCUUCAUGGAUACAACCACAAGGAGGGGCAAAUGUGCGGUUCUGCACGCAAAUUGUCCGUCUUGUGCCCAGCAGCUGGUGCCAACGUCUGACUGCCGCGUAGACCCGGAGGUCUUGAGGGGAUUCGUUGAGUGCGAGCCAGCUUUUUUUGCAGGCUCCUAUAGCCACGGCGACAAACUCAGGAUAGCACAGGCUCAGCACGAUCAUCAAGAACUUGAUUUGAACUUCCACAGGUUUCCGCUCGUCACCAGCCGAUUUUUUCAAGCUCAGCAAGGACAUUUUGAGGUGGACAUUGCCGACUCCGUCCAUGCCUUUAGGCUGUGUGAGGCGAACCGGAUGUCACCCACACCACCGCCACCACCACCACCACCAACACAAGCAGAGGGAUAUGGGAUAACGAUGCCGCCGCCGCCACCGCCAUCGCUGCAAGAACAGGAGGAUGGGAAUGCAUCCGGAUUGCACCUUAUUCUGUCUGGGGAUAGUGAUGUGGAGGUAUACACGGCCGAUGUGCCUCACACCUUCCUGAGCACAGGUGAGCUGGAAACUGGCCGUCUGCCGAUUACAGAACUCUUGCAGAGAGCUCAUGCUGAAAGCGGAGAGGACGCUGCGCUCCUUCUUCAGCUCAUACCGCCGCCUCCGCCCCCUCCAGAUGAUGAGCAUCAGCCGGACCUCCCGUCUCAACCACCCCCCCCACCGCCAGCCGCACCUCAAUUGUCACAACGGAAAAACUUGAUGAUCUCUGGACGGUUCAACGAUCAGCAGAAGAUGAAUUACAUGAGACAGGUCUACGAGGUGCUUCGGGACAGAUCUGUUCCCGUUGAUAUGGUGAAGGCCAACUUUGCUGGGGCCACAUUCGGAGACCAAACGGCGCGGUUCUUAUACAGAGCCAAGGCCCUACUGGCUUUUUGCACUUGGGAUUACGGGGAGAAAACUGGCGCGCAGUAUGAAACCUAUAUAGAGCUCCAAUAUGCGCACCAGAACCACCUCACCAUUCUGGCAAUCCAGCUCUGCCAUGAGUUUCCACCCUGUCCCAAAGAAGAAGAAGGCCGUGCGCUGAAUGCAUUGGCCUUUCGGACGGACCGGGUGCGGAUCAUCGACAAAGACAUGUCGGACCCGAAGAGAGCACGCCUUUCGGGCGAGCGGGGGCCGGAUGGUUCGUGGCACACCUGGGCAGAUGCAAAUGGUAGGACUGCCAAGACAGAGAUCCUCCGUGCACGUGGUCCAUCUGUGCGACGGGAAAACGCACUUCAGCUUGGUGGAGUCAGAAUCGGCACUUUGAAAUCCAUCUGUCGCCGCGCGCAGAUGCUUCAAUCACAGGCUUCCCCGAAGGAAGACAAAGCUCCAAGCUACUACUGCAACGAGAAGGAGCGACCAACGGCGUCCACUGUCGCUGUGGAGGAUGCUUCAACGCAGCAUUUCCCGCCCUUCCUGCCGCUCUCUAUCUCUACGCUACUGCGGAAAGGGCAGGCAACUGAAGAGAUAGAUGAGGAAACUCGCAAUCUGCAGCUGCUGGAGGAGGGCUUGUCGCCCAAACCCUGGAAAGGAGCCGUGGAGGAACUACAGGCAUCUUUCUUGGAUCCCACUUUUGAGAUCCACUGCGAGGAGAAGUUGUCGCGAGAAGACGUGGACAGCGAGAGGACGGAGGGCACUCGCGCAGAGAAUCCAGAUAGCUGCGCCAGCGACCAAGGUGACUCGGAGACCGUCAGUAGCGCCCAGGAUGUCGAGGAGGAGGACUUCUCGGGUUCCGAGUGCACCGACUCGGAGUCAGAAGAUCUGGCAGACCUCCUGGAGAUAGCUCCGGCAGUUGGGACGCGAGUGGAGGUGUACUUUACGGAUGGAAGCUGGGUCCCUGCAAUCGUCACGCAUGCGAGAGGCAUGCAGGCACGUGUUUCGUGGGACACCUGCGAGAACACGGAAGAGCUGCAAGAUCAGUGCUUUCUCGACUUCAGAGAAGAUGUAGUGAGACUGGUACAAGCACCUCAGCCUUCAGAACUCGCCAGUGCUGGUGAAGAAGGAUGA